GCCAAGGUUAUAGUUCAUAGCUUGUGAGUGGUCUGCUAUAAGUUAAGCGGGACAAUGCAACUCAGGUCCGGGCGGCGCUUAGUGUACCCACCGCCGAAGCAGCAAGGAGGUGACCAUCGCCGCCGGUCCCAGCAAAUCUCAGAGGACAGGAUCAGCAGCCUGCCUGAGGACCUGCUCCUUGAGAUUCUCGUCCGUCUCAGGUCUGUCGCUGACGCUGUGUGUGGUGGAGCAGUAUCCCGUGGCUGGCGCGACCUCUGGACUGAGCUUCCUGAGCUCAUUUUCUGGUCCGCCCACCCUCUCUCUGUCCAGUCGAUGCUUGCCAGGAUCACCCGUCCAUCGCUGGACCUCGUCAACAUCUAUCUGUGGUCAGACUGGGGUGACAACGACUACGAAGACUGGGAUGUACAAAUAUCCUUGCUUCUCUGCGGCGCCGCACGGCUGUUGCCGGAGAAAUUCAUCAUCACAAUAGAUAUCCACCAAACAGGCUGCGUCGUGGAUCUUCCUUGCUUUGAGCGCACCUCCUUCCUUAGUCUUCACAUGAGGGCAAUCUCAAUUAUAUUGCCACAGUAUGGUGAAUUCACUGCGCUCAAGAGCCUUCACCUGGAAUUGUGCUGCAUCCACCUUUGCACCCUACUCCGCCUCUGCCCGUCCCUGCGCAUCCUGAACAUCAGGAAUUGCAGUGAUCUCAGACAUGCUGGCACGGUGAUUGUUCACUCGCCGUCGCUUGAGGAGUUCAGCUUGGAGAUAAGUAAUCAUGACAUCUGCUGCAUUGACAUUGUGGCCCCGGUGCUUAAGGAGGUGACACUGGAGGCCUAUAUUGACAUAAGCCUCACUUUGUCCUUCUUGGCCCCAAUGGUGAAAAAACUUAGAUGGGGUUAUGAUUAUGGCUACGUUUUUGUUGGGUUCGACCAAAUAUGGCGACUCAUGAGCAUAACGGAGCGUGAGCUAGAUGAAUUCCAUGUCGUCUCGAUGAGCAUAAUGACUACUACUCGAAAUGGUGUUCUCGAUGCAGAAUGGAGCAUUGGACAGGUGAUAGCUCAUCUUCCUGUGGCUGCCUUUUCUAUUUUAGAGCUGGAUCUCAAAACAGAGGAGCAUACUUUUGGACCAAUGAUGUUACGUCUGCUUCGAAUUCAACCGACUAUGCAAAGGCUUAAGGUGGUCCUAGCACGUAACAAGGUACGAGUGCCAUGCCCAGUAAAUUGUCCGUGUGAACAUCCUAUCAACUGGAGAAGUGAAGAUGUCUCUUUGGCUAAUCUUGAAGUCGUUGAGAUUCAUGGCCUGCAAGGAGAAGAUGAUGAAGUUGAUUUCCUAAAAAUCAUACUCCGAUGUGCAACAGUGCUUCAGAGAUUGACGAUGACUAUUUCUGAUGGCGUCUCACCAAGCAACAAUGGCUAUGAGAAGAUCUGCAGUAUUAUGAAGGAGUAUCCUGAUGUGGAAUGCCAUAUGAUGGCAUCCGGUUCUGAGGGGAUUCUUUAUCCAUGAAUAGAAGAAUAUUUGCAAAUGGCAACCAGCGACAUCCUUAUGCUUUCAUCAGUUUUUAUCUUGCUGAUAUGUUUUGCUGGAGAAUUUCUAUGCAAGUUUCAUGACUUAAUAAAUUUGGCGAAACAAUGAUUUGUAUCCAGAUCAAGUAUCUCUAUAAAAAGAAAAGCCCAAGUUUAGUGUAAA